ACAGGCUGAACUGGAGACCUCUCGCAUCAUUCCAAACCACUGCCUCCAAGGAAAGAGAAGCAAACCAUGGCCAAGGAAAUGACUCUGUACUGGGGCUCCGGCUCUCCCCCAUGCUGGAGGGCUAUGAUCGCUCUGGAGGAGAAGGGUCUGCAGGGCUACAACAGCAAGUUACUGUCUUUUGAGAAAAAAGACCACAAGACACCGGAAGUUGUUACGAUUAAUCCAAGGGGCCAGUUUCCUGCUUUCAAACAUGGAAAAAUAAUAGUAAAUGAGUCAUUCGCCAUCUGCGAGUACUUGGAGGACACUUUCAAGGGCCAAGGAACUACACUGGUACCACAGGACCCAAUGGACAGAGCCAUGAUGAGGCAGCGCAUGCAUGAGGGGAAUACACUCAUGAGCAAGUUUGUUGAUGUUGCCUUCUACUUCUGGAGAAUCCCAGAAGCUGAGAGAAAUGAAGCAACCCUUAAAAGAAACAAGGAGGCUCUGACUGCUGAGGUCAAACUGUGGGAUGGUUAUCUGCAAAAGGGUAAUGGACACUACUUGGCCGGGAAGACCUUCACAUUGGCUGACGUGAUCGUAUUCCCUGUUGUUGCUUUUCUCUUCCGUAUGGGGUUGUCAGAAGAAAAAUACCCCAAACUUGCUGGCUACUACAACCACCUAAAGACUCGUCCAAGCAUUGAAAAGACCUGGCCUCCAACCUGGAAGGAAACCCCUGGCCAGCCCAUGCUCAAUGAUAUCUAAUGGCGUUCCUGUCCUGUCUCCAUUUUGCACUUGUCUGCUUUGACAUGAAGAUAAUGCACUAGUUUAUUACUGUAAACCAAAAUAAAAACAUGUCAUUUUCAAAAAAAAA